AUGCGAUUGUUGCUGCUGUUGCUAAUCUCCUGCACCACAGGCAUGCGCGCGCCUCGUUCCUUUCAUAGACGCAGUCGCAGCUAUUUCAGCUCAGUGGGUCCGCCUGAUGCAGUGCGUCUAAUAGCGAAAGGACCAGCUGGCUAUCGCUCUGAUCUGCAGACCAAUGAAAGCAAGCGACGCGAAGUGAGCUCCAAAUACGCCAAGAAAACGCAUUACAGGCCUUACAAUUCGGAGGAUGACUACUCCAGCGAGCGCUACUCCUCGGCCGAAUACAGCGGUGAAGCGCCGCAGGACAGUCGCGAGUACACCAUUGGCACACAGAUACGUGUGCAGCAUCCCAUUACGAUACCCAAAAAGGCCAGCUCCAGCUCUAACUAUGCCAAGCCGCCCAAGUAUGUAACAGCCGUGCCUUACAAAAGCGCCGUGUCCACUGUUUACGGCGGCGACUUUAGCUCUGGCGAGGAGCGCGCACCAGCGCCACCGCCAAGUCCGCCAAAGCGCUCUAAGUGGACACAGCCUCAGUACGCUGCUGAGCCAGAUCCGUUUCAUUUAGUGCCGCCGCCCAAGACCACAGCGGCUAGCAGCAAUCAUGCCUAUAGAGUCUUUGAGCCCGAUCAUGAUGACUAUGAAGUGCCUAGGCCCACACGCCCAAAGAAUUACGAGCGCUACAAGACUGUUGCUUCGAAGAAACAGAUCGAGGCUUAUCUGGAAGAUCAGCAGAAGCUGCUGGAUGAAGCCAUACAGCGGCAGCUGCUUAACAAUCCCAAGCUCAAAAAGUUCUUGAAGAACGACUCACAAGAGUCGCGCCCUGACUUGGACUUGGAAGACUUUGAAACAUUUCCGCCCAACUUUAACGCGGGCAACAGCUUCAAUGCUGAGCACACGCAUCUGCAGCCGCCCAAGGGCAGUCGACCUCAUCGACGACCAGGCCUAGAGCUCAAGCGUUCACCCAAAACGCAUAUCUUGAAACCCAAAAGAAAAUACAGAUCGACUGCCUUAGUAAUCAAUGUUUAA